CGCGGUGUGGGAAGGUGCUGGGGAGGCCUUGGGGCUGGUCCCGCCUGCUGCCUGCCCUCCCCUCGCUCCCACGGGCUUUGUGCUGCCUCUUCUCACUGCUAAUGGAGAUUUCCCUUUGUCGGAGUGCAGGGUGACUUGUGAGGAAUUGCCUUUCCCGGAGCCUGGACUUGUUUGUUUUGGUUUUUUGUUGUUGGUUUGGUUUUUUUUUUGGUUGGUUGGUUUUGUUUUUUUGUGGCCUAGCAAGAAACGGUUUCCUUUCCUGAGCUGUUGGCAUCUUCUUGCCUGGAUUCAGGCACUGGAGGAAUGCAGCUGAUAAGUCCUUAACCACCCUGUGUUCCCAUAGGCAGCGCCAGAAGCUGGCUCCAUCUUCUUCACUUUGGCACUUUGGGGGUGGGCCUCUCUUUGUUACCUGCUCUGGGUACCCUUUUAGUGGCACUAUAGACCAAAGGAGAUGGAAGAAAAGGAACGAUGUGAUAAAUACCGGCUGGUACCUUGAGACUGAGGGGAUUCAUAUCUUCUGACGUUUUUAUUUUUUUUUCUUCUGUGGGGGGUGGGAGGAAGUCUUACAUUUUAUGGGGUAUGGGAGGAGGGAGGAAAAAUAUGUUGCAGAUCUUUAUGUGGUUUUUAAAACCAGCCAUCAGAGGCAAUUACUGAAUAAACUGAAGCACAAGAGGAGGGUUUGUGAGCUGGAAGCAGCGCUAGCCUGCAAAAGAAAGGGGCAGUGGGCUGCUGUUGUGACUGUGGAGGAAGAAACUUCAGCCUCCUUCGUUUCUCACCACCUACUCUUCAUCCACCCUCUGCAAAAAUGAGUUGCGUGCCAUGGAAAGGUGACAAGACCAAAUCGGAAUCACCAGAGCCACCCCAGCUACCGCCACUGCAUAUUUACCACGAGAAGCAGCGUAGGGAGCUGUGUGCCCUCCAUGCCCUCAACAAUGUCUUCCAGGACAGCAACGCCUUCACUAGGGAAACCCUGCAGGAGAUUUUUCAGAGGUUGUCUCCCAACACCAUGGUGACGCCCCACAAGAAGAGCAUGCUGGGAAACGGAAACUAUGAUGUGAACGUGAUCAUGGCCGCGCUUCAGACCAAAGGCUAUGAGGCGGUUUGGUGGGACAAGCGCAGGGAUGUUAAUGUCAUUGCCCUGUCUAAUGUGAUGGGCUUCAUUAUGAAUCUGCCCUCCAGCCUUUGCUGGGGCCCCUUGAAGCUCCCCCUCAAGCGACAGCACUGGAUCUGUGUCCGGGAGGUGGGAGGCACCUACUACAACCUCGACUCCAAACUCAAGGUGCCGGAGUGGAUUGGAGGUGAAAGUGAGCUCAGGAAAUUUUUGAAACACCAGCUGAGAGGAAAGAACUGUGAACUCCUGCUGGUGGUUCCAGAGGAGGUGGAAGCACAUCAGAGCUGGAGAGCUGAUGUGUGACCUGGACUGACUCUGUCCUCCCACUACAGCUCUUCCCCUUGACUGAACUCCCAACGUCCUGAAACCUGGAUGACGGGUGCCCCGACUCUUCUUGUCUGGAACUUCCCUUUGUUAGGCUCUUUUCUUCCUUCCUUGGUGCAAUAGGGCAACGGUGUAGGACAUUUCGGGGAGGGGGGUGGGGGGGGAAGAACUGAGGGCAGAGUGGAGGAAACUGGAAGCCAAUCACUUGAAUUGCACAGGCGGGUGAGCUGCGUGCCCUUCAGCUAGCUAGAAGGUGUUGUGCUCUUUAAAACUGGGCUUUGGGGCUAGGGCGUCUGGAAGCCUCUGGCCUCCCUUUUCCCAAGUUGGUCAGGGCUGCCUGUGGUGGGACGCUGCUCCCUCCAGGGCUUUCCAGGGAGGAGCAGGGGCUGAGCACGCUGCCGCCUCUUUGCAAGUCUCUCCCUCCAAAACAAGACAUCGUGAAGACGUGUGCAGUUUUGAAGGGUCUCUCAGGACACUCUCAAACACUAGUAAUGGUACAGUGCUCAGCACAACCUUCUGCUUCUUCGGGAUGGUUUGUGCCAGGAAUGAGAAAACAAUAAACCCAGUGUCAUCUUUCAAGAAAUUCUUUGGGUAGCUGGAGGAUUCUUCCCCAGUGUCUCCAGGGAUUUCUGCGUGUGGUGAGCGGUUGUUCGGCAGCAUGUGGCUGGCUAAGGUGAUGUGGAAACAGCAAGCGCAGGCUAAUUGAGGAGUAUCGAGUUUCUGGGCUGGAGAGAGGCCGUAGGCUGCUUGGGUUUCUUUGUGCUACAUUGGUUUUUUCUUCUUUUUUUUUUUAUAUACCUAUUUUGGUUUUCUGCAUGGUCACGCAGUAGUUAUGGGGCUGCUUGGAGAGAGGAGUAAAACUGAAGGGGGUUUUGAGAGGAAUUCAUUCCCUUUUAUUUUCCUCUUUCCAGAAGCCUAGCCCACAGUCGCAAAUGUCAUGCGAAACGUCCCAGAAAGAAGUAAAGUUACAAAGCAAAAAUUAUAAAUAGUCAGGUUUUGCCCUUUUUAUAGCUACUAGAUGAUAGCAUGGGAGAUGCACAGGGCCCACCAGAGCCUUCGGGGUAGAGAGCCUGGCCUGGUAGUUGAACCAACCUCUCUUUUAGUGUUGGCUGACAAACAUUCCGUUAAUGGACGAAUCGCUUUUUCCUCCCUUCCCUUCCGCGGGGAAGAGCAACUAGACAUGGAGACGCUACAGGGAAUCUCCACCGGCUGUUUCCCAGUUGGUCGGGUGAGCUGUAGCUCAGUCGCACCUUCCACAGCAAGAGGAGGAAGCGCUGAAUUUGGAAGACUUCAUUGUGUUUAGCUCUUCCUGGCCGAGCCGCCAUUUGCUUCCCUCCUUUGUGCAUGGGAUGUCUCAGUUAAACAGCAGUCUCUGGGAUGUGACCGAGCUUGAAGGAUCCCGCUCCAUUGUGCAGGGAAGUCUCGUUACUGGUGUUUGAGCUUGCGAAAGGAGGGGUUGUUGCUACCUUUUCUCAGCUAUUUUUCUCGAGAGCUCCGCAGAGCGCGAGCGGGUGUUUGAAGCCGAGAGACUGCCGUACUCACGCCUUCCAAACGAAGAACAAGAGGCCGCCUGACGAUGGGGCGAUGAUGUUCACUGACCCCCAGACACCUGGCAAGCACCAUUUUUUUGCUGUCUUCUGAGCACGGCCUCCCACAGUCAAGGGCAAACAGCUCUUGGGUUUUUAAGACCCGACGUUUCUAUAAGAAGUCCUAUUUCGUAACACAUUCCACCGACCAAUACCAGCUGGCAGCGUUUUUAAACACUUUACAGGCAGGGUGCACAGCCUGCAGGGCGUUCUGCUUGCGACUUGAAGCCAUUUCUUCAAGAGGGAGAAAAAAAAAAUCAAAUCUCAGCAGCAACAUUUUCUAUGCUGCUUAAAGCCGCACUUUGGAGGAGCCCCAUUUGCAUGGAAACGGCAAGCCAACAGAUCAGUGCACAAUAUGCAAGGAAAGAUGUUUUAAAAUAUUUUGGGGCUACUUUCCUUGUACGUCAGCGCCUUUCCCGUGGUUGGGGGGGAACAGCGUGAUCCAGCUGCUCAGGUAAAGGGAAGGCGCGCGAUUGCACCCCUGCGGGAGGCGAGACUGCUGCGCCCAAGAGGGUGGGCGAGCCGCUCCAGUCCCACUGCUUCGGGAGCAGGGAAGCCCCCGUUUGUUUUCUUGCUCGUUUGGUUUUGUUGGAGUCUUGUCUUGGGUUUGUUUACAGAGAUGUAUUUUGUUUAACCAAAUAUUAAAAAUGGAAAAAAAAAAAACCAAACACAUUUCCAUAUAAAUGUCCUACCACUUCUGUGUGUUC